AUGGGCCUGCUCGAGCUGCCGCACGACCUGCUCGUCCUCGUCGUCCGCCACCUCGACGUCCCCCAGCUCGCCGCCCUCUCCCAGACGUGCUCCUCCCUCCACGCCCUCGUCGACGACUACGGCUGGCCCCACCUCGCCCGCCACACCUCCCGCCCCUCCCACUCCCUCUCCAAAGCCCUCUCCUCCUGGCCCCCUUACGAACAGCUCAAAUACUCCGUCCUCACAGACCAUGCCUGGCGCAAGAACAAGUUCGCCGCCCGCCCGCUCUCCCGCCCCUGGCACGGAAAACUGCAGCCCCUGCUCGCCAUUAAUCCAUCUAGACUCUUCGUCGCAGCAGGCCACAUCAUCUACGCCUACCUCUUCGUGCCGUCCCCUGUCGCAGGCGUCGCACCCCACGUCAAGUUCGAGUGCUCUUAUUCCCUUAGCGCGGGCCCACCACACGACCCCCGGAGGGAUAUCACCGCUAUCGCUGUUGCUCCGGAUGGAGGGCUCGAUAGGACGCUGUUUGUCGGGUUCGAGCAUGGUGCGCUGCAACGUAUAUUCUUGCCUGCCGUGAACAAGAUCGGGAGUCGGGAAGUCUACAUCGAUAGUGAGUAUAAGACGCCGUACGACUAUCACGAAGGCGAGCUCGUCGAAUCACUUUCACUUUCGGGCGACCUCCUUCUCUCCCUUUCCUCCUCCGGCACCGCCGGCCUCCUCUCCCUCUCCUCUCCUCCCUCAACCACGAACCCAGACCUAAUCGACCUCGGCUCCCGCGGCUGGUCGUCCUACCUCUCCCCCACAACCGGCAACGCAAAGCCCUCCUACGCAGCCUUCGGUCUCUCCUCCACCAACCCCCUAAUCAUCCACCCCGUCCUCUCUUCAACCAUCUCCGUCUCCCCCUCCGCUAUCCUCUCCUCUUCGUCUAAAGAGAGAGACGCGACGGGAGAACGGAGACCGUCGGCGGUGUAUGCGAUCUGUGGGACGCCGCCUGCGUUUCCGUGGGGCGCGUCGGAUAGGAUUGUUGUUAGUGGGUGGUAUGAUGGGUUUGUGCAUGUGCAUGAUUUGAGGUCGGAUAGGCGGGGGUCUUCUUCUUCUCAUUCUUCUUCUCAUUCUUCUUCUUCUCACUCUCACUCUCACUCUCAUUCUUCCUCAUCUGAGGCGGGGAGUGAAGUAAACCCAGCACCGUUAUUACCGAGCUUAUCACUCUCGGACCCGUGGUCCUUCGAACCCAUCUACGCACUCGCGACCGGCGGAGGCUCUUCCUCCCAAAUCGCAGCAGGCUCCGCGAGACACUCCGUCAUCGCCUUCUGGGACGUCCGAUCUUUCAGAACCUCAUCUCCCUCCACAUCCACAUCCUACACCACUCCCUCUCCUUCCACUUCUACCCCCGGCUUCACCACCUCAACCUCAACCUCUUACGGCCUCGGAGGUGCAGUCGGAUCCUCGCACGACAGACACAUCCCACCCUCCUCAGGCUGGUCCGUCCACGCCCCCUCAAACGAUCCCUCCCCAGUCUACUCCCUCAUCCUCGAAUCUUCAAGAGUCUUCGGAGCGACGCAGAGUAGACCGUUCGUUUUUGAUUUUGGACCGGGGGUGGGGAGGGGGACGUAUCCUGCGCUUGAGUUGGAAGUGGAUGGGGGGUUGGGUGGGGUGGGUGGGGCGGGAGGGGGAGGAGUAGGUGGUGGUGCGGGGGAAGGGGAGGCAGUUUUUUGUGGGGGAGGUCUGGGGGAGGUGGGGGGAGGAGAGGGAACACGAAUGGGCAGGGGAAUGGGAAUGAGAGGAUGACGAGCGAGGUGGGGUAUUAUGUGACGAAGUAUAGUCAUAGGACGGCGCAUGUUUAUUGAACGUUGAACGGUUGGCGGGUUGGUCUUUUGGAGGUGGAGGUAGGUUUGGAUUGUGGUGGUGGUGAUGGUGGUGGUUAGUAGUUAAUAUUAUUUCAUUGCUCGGAGCGGUGUUUACUUGCUGCUAUGAUAGAUAGAUAGAUAGGCCU